AUGUGGUCGCGGCCCGGGGAACGCGAGUCAACUGCCCCCCGGACCGUUAGAGAUGCUCUUAUGUCCCAUUGCCCCAAUACCCAGCAAAAUUCCCAGGCCGACCCGGACCGGGCGGCCUGCCUUGAGACGGAGUGGGGCGGGUCCGGACAGCCUUUGCACACUCCCCGCCCCCCACCCGGUCUUUGCGUCGCCCGGUGCGGCCACUGUUUUCCGCCUCUUAACCCGGCACAGGUUUAUCCUCAACGUCUAUGUGUCUUGGACUCGCAAGUCGAAGGGGGACAGGACGAGCAGGAAGAAUUCUUUCACUUGACAAGAUUGAUGGGGACAGGGUGA